AUGGCGAAACGCCCGGAAAAGACAGACGCAGAACGAGAGGAUGUUGAACUCGAGGGUGCGGAGAGCCUCUUGGCCAAACUCAAGAAGCAGUACCGGAUGAUGGAAAGGAAACCGAAGGCAAUAUCGAGACGAGGCUACCGUCCUGCUGGUACGCCAGAGAGGGAGCGACCUGAACCCUGGCCAUGGUACCCGCAGAACGAGUCACGUGACCAGCGAACCAUCUCUACCCUGGCUUCCACACUCGACCGCCAAGCCAAGUACCAACAGCUGAUUGAUGAGGAGAGGGAUAAAAUCAGCGAAUUGGACGGUUCCAUCGCAGCGGCCGAGAAGAAAGUUCGAGAGUCCCGCCGCCGGGUGCCGUCCGCCCGCCAACUCGAGUCGAGGCGGAUGACGGCGCUCAGUGCCAAGAAGGCUCUGCAAAACCGCAUCCAGCAGGCAACUGUUCGUCUGAACGCAGUGCUCGCUGACAACCGCGUCUUGAGGACAAAUCUCGAAAACCUUUUGAAAGAACGUGACAAAUUUAUGCUUCAGGCUCAGCGUCUGGAAAAGCAGCUGCAAGGAACAGUCAAGAGAAAGAGCGACGUAAUGGACCAGGUCACCAAAGCAUACUCCGAGAGAGACGAAGCCCAGACGAAGAUGCGCGCCCUUAGGGAACGCGCCGAACGGGAUGCCCAACAAUAUACCCACGAACUGAAGAAACUACAGCGAGCUCUCGACCACCAACAGCACUUGAGGGCUUUUGUGGCCACGAUCUCUGCAGGAGAAGAAGAGGAGACAUCGAGGCGAAAAGCGGACGGAGAAGGCGUAGAGCCCAGGGGACCAGAGCAGACUCUAAUAACCUACAGAGCCUCCGUGUCUCACCUGAGGGAGAUGAGCGGCGAAGACUCGGUGGACUCACUGGUCACGAACUACUUGCAAGCUGAGAACGAUAACUACACCCUCUUUACGUACAUUUCUGACCUGAAUAACGAGGUAACAAGCUUGACCACAGAAGUCCGACGUCUUCGCGAGCAGAUCGAAGACACACGAAACAAGAGCGCCGAACACGAACGCGAAACGCAACGAACCAUCUCGCAGCUCCUGGCGGACGUGGAGAGCGCCGACGAAGCCGUGGAGCUCCUGGAGGCGGACCUCAGGCGAGCGGAAGAGACGCUAACUGAGAUGAAGACGGCGACACAAGAGCUCUUCGACCUAAUGCAGUGCGACCCGCAGCCGGUGGUGGCCAUCGUGGGUGGAGGAGAAAUCACCAGCGCGUCUGUGUCCGUCUACCUCUCCGUGGUAGAACAACGUGUCCACGAAGUCCUGCAGUUGAGGCAGUUCCUGCUUGCGGAGGAGCUGGGUCCAGGGUCAGGGUUCGGAGACGAUGUACCACACGACGAUGGAUCCGAAGGGAGGUCUUCAUCGGCCUCGUCCACGCGCCUCGUCCUGCCCAUUGGGAAACCCCAGUUGAGCCACGCUGCACAUGCCAACGAUGAAGAGCCAGUAAAUGGUGGCCCUCUCACCCAUGUGGACCUCAUGUCCAACAUGAGGAGGUUCAUUCCAGACUCAGGCGAUAAUUAAGGGGUUGUCGUACGCUGAUGCACACAUUUACACAUUUAUAAAUAUCAAUACGAGUAGAUACUGCAAUUUAAAGAGAGAGAGAGAGAGUAAGAUUGAGAGGGAGAUAGAAAGGGAGUAAUCGUUUGUCUGUUCAACAAAGUACAUUAGCAUUGAUAACUGACAUGAAGUUACCCUGCUAAAUCACAUCUUACGGAUAGAAAUAGGAUAUAAUCUGAAGGCAGAUACGAAAACUAUAAAUGCAAAGAUGUACACGAGAACGGAGAAAUUAAAGAAGCAGAGAGAGGCUGGGGAACAGAUGAGAGAAUGAGGGAGAAGCAUGAUGAAAAUGAUAGAAAUAAUACGGAAAAAAGAGAGGAAAACCUGAAAUUUCUUUGUGUGUGUGUGUGUGUGUGUUUGUAAACUGCUAGUGCUUGUUACUUAACUGACACUAUAUUCUAUCUACAUGCCCUCUGUAAUACUAGUUCCUUAAAGGAAUAAAUUAAUAUUACAACCAUAAUCAUUAUCAAGGCUGUACCAUCAUUAAUACCUUUGCCGUUACUCUUUUUUUAUGUAGGGUGAUGUUAUUACCUUUGUUAUCUGUUUUUGACCAUUGCUGCCGUUUCAUCAUUAUACACCAGUAUCAGGAAGUAUAGUAUAUGCACACCCGAUAUAUUUCCGUUGAUACCUGUUCGUAUACAUAAUCAGUUGAAAGAGAAGGCAAGAAAAUGUAUGAAAGUGCAGUAAAGCAAAUAAAUUAUUAAGAUGUUAUAUAAUAAGGUUGGACAGAAGAUAAGUUUUAUUUAAAAAUGGCUUAUAGAAAAUAACUAUUAUAGUUAAACGAUGUUAACUACAAUAAAUACACUGAUAAAAAUGAGGAAACACUUGAAAUUAUUUUACAAACCUAUGCUUACUUAAUCUCUACACAUCACAAUGUAUUCUCAUUUGUUCGAAGUUGUAUUCA